UUAGAUAUCAACUUAGGUGAAGACAUUCUUGAAGAUAUAAAAGUACGUGCAUGCUUUGUAACUACCCUAUCCCGGGCUCGACAAUGGCAAAUUUGGUGUGAAUCUUCGGAAAAUGAAAACAAGGAAGAUAAAAACGUUGAACCUCCAGAAGUUGGCGAGCCGCAUUUCGUAUACGCCUUAAAUUCACUAAAUGGCGGACGUCAUCUAAACAUUCCUAGCUGCAUUAGAGAACUCGCCGCCGAGCCCCUUUUUACUUCUGAUAAUGAUCAUAUAACAAUUGCCACCAUGGUGCUCAGGAGUAUUUUAGCUUCACCAAUUGAUGUCCGCAGGUAG